AUGAAGUCGAUCCUCACCUCAGUCUCGUUCCUGCUGAGCCUGGGCGUCGCCCUCGCUGCCCCAGCCCCAGCACCAGGCUUCCAGGAGACACGGUCCACCUCCCUCGUCCGCCGUAACUACACGGACCUAUAUGCGGACCAGCUGGUCGACGGCACGGCCUGCAGGGAUGUCACCGUCAUCUACGCCCGCGGCACCGACCAGGAGGGCAACAUUGGCGAGCCCACGGAUGUCGGCCCAGAGUUCCUCGAUGACCUUGGAGUCUAUGUCGGGAUUAAUAAUCUGGCUGCGCAGGGAGUCAACUACUCGGCAGAUGUUACUGGGUUUGAGGAGGGGGGAGAUCCGACGGGGAGUGCGCUUAUGGCAAACCUGACGAAUCUUGCCUAUGAGCAAUGCCCUGACACCCUCCUCGUGCUCUCUGGGUACAGCCAGGGUGGGCAGCUUGUGCAUAAUGCCGCUGACUUGCUCUCGACUGAGGUUACUGACUUUGUCGCUGCUGUUCUUAUCUUUGGAGACCCAGAUGAUGGCGAGGAUGUCGGCGACAUCCCAUCUUCCAAGGUGCAUGUCAUCUGCCACCCUCUGGACGGCAUCUGCAAGGGCACGAGUAUUGUCACCCCGGCUCACCUGGACUACCAAGAGGACUCGGACGCAGCAGCGCAGUGGGUUGCUGGAGAAUUGGGAUAUUCGGUGUCAUAA